AUGGAGCGCUUCUUGGGCUUCGUCAAGCAGAUAAGGAGAUCGAGAAGAAGAAAAGGCAAAAAGUACCGGCCGGAGGAGGAUUACCACGAGGGCUACGAGGACGUCUACUAUUAUGCCUCAGAGCAUUUUCGAAAUGAGAGUCCUUACACAAAGUCUGCAAACCAGGCAAAGGCACCUGAUGGAGCACUGUCUGUGAGGAGACAGAGUAUUCCAGAGGAGUUCAAGGGCUCAACAAUAGUUGAAUUAAUGAAAAAAGAAGGCACCACCCUAGGGCUUACAGUAUCGGGUGGAAUCGACAAGGAUGGGAAACCAAGAGUAUCUAACCUUCGUCAAGGAGGAAUCGCUGCUAGGAGUGACCAGCUGGAUGUAGGGGACUACAUCAAAUCUGUGAAUGGAAUCAACCUGACCAAAUUUCGCCAUGAUGAAAUCAUCAGCCUGCUCAAGAACGUUGGCGAGAGGGUUGUUUUAGAAGUGGAGUAUGAGCUGCCUCCAGUCUCUGUACAAGGAUCAGGUCUCAUCUUUAGAACAGUGGAAGUUACUUUACAUAAAGAGGGGAACACUUUCGGAUUUGUAAUAAGAGGUGGAGCACACGAUGACAGAAAUAAAUCUCGUCCUGUUGUAAUAACAUGUGUUAGACCUGGAGGGCCUGCUGACAGAGAGGGCACAAUCAAACCCGGAGACAGGCUGCUGAGUGUUGAUGGGAUCCGACUGCUCGGAACGACACAUGCUGAAGCCAUGAGUAUUCUCAAACAAUGCGGACAGGAGGCGACUCUGCUGGUGGAAUAUGAUGUCUCAGUGAUGGAUUCCGUAGCAACAGCGUCUGGGCCGCUGCUAGUUGAAGUUGCCAAAACUCCUGGUGCUGCUCUUGGGGUUGCACUAACUACCUCGAUGUGCUGCAACAAACAGGUCAUUGUCAUAGACAAAAUCAAAUCUGCGAGUAUUGCAGACAGAUGUGGUGCAUUACAUGUAGGAGACCAUAUUCUGUCCAUUGACGGCACCAGCAUGGAGUACUGUACGCUUGCAGAAGCAACGCAAUUUUUGGCUAAUGCAGCGGAUAAUGUCAAACUUGAGAUCCUUCCUCACCACCAGACACGGCUAGCACUGAAAGGCCCGGAGCACGCAGCUUUGGUGUCUUCAUCCUUCUCUCCUACCUCCAUGAGUGCAUACAGCCUGAGUUCCCUGAACAUGGGGACCUUACCUCGCAGCCUCUACUCCACCAGCCCGCGUGGGACAAUGAUGAGGCGGAGGAUGAAAAAGAAGGACUUCAAAAGCUCCUUGUCCUUAGCCUCUAGCACUGUUGGUUUGGCUGGGCAGGUCGUCCACACAGAAACCACAGAAGUAGUGCUGACAGCUGACCCCAUAGUAGGGUUUGGGAUACAGCUCCAGGGUAGCGUGUUUGCUACUGAGACCUUGUCUUCUCCACCUCUCAUUUCCUAUAUUGAGUCUGACAGUCCGGCGGAAAGGUGUGGGGUGCUGCAAAUAGGAGACAGAAUAGUGUCAAUAAACGGUGUCCCGACGGAAGACAGCACAUUUGAUGAGGCCAAUCAACUGCUCAGAGACUCCUCUAUCACCAACAAGGUCACUUUGGAAAUAGAAUUUGAUGUUGCAGAAUCAGUUAUACCAAGCAGUGGAACAUUUCAUGUAAAACUACCAAAGAAGCAUAAUGUGGAACUUGGCAUCACCAUAAGUUCUCCAUCCAGUAGAAAACCAGGGGACCCUCUGGUUAUUUCUGAUAUCAAGAAAGGAAGUGUUGCUCACAGAACUGGGACACUCGAACUGGGUGAUAAAUUGCUUGCAAUAGAUAACAUUCGACUUGACAAUUGCUCAAUGGAAGAUGCUGUCCAGAUCCUUCAGCACUGUGAGGACCUUGUAAAGUUAAAGAUCCGCAAAGAUGAAGAUAAUUCCGAUGAACAAGAGAGCUCUGGAGCAAUUAUUUAUACUGUUGAGCUCAAGCGCUAUGGUGGGCCUCUUGGAAUUACAAUCUCUGGUACUGAGGAGCCUUUUGAUCCCAUAAUCAUUUCCAGCCUUACAAAAGGAGGAUUAGCUGAAAGGACUGGGGCAAUUCACAUAGGAGACAGAAUCCUAGCAAUAAACAGUAGCAGUCUGAAAGGAAAACCUUUGAGUGAAGCCAUUCAUUUAUUACAGAUGGCAGGAGAAACUGUCACCUUGAAAAUCAAGAAGCAGACAGAUGCUACCAGUCCCAAGAAAUUUUCUGUCCCUGUGGGUCACAUAAGUGAACUGAGUGAUGCUGAAGAUGAAACCUCUGCUGCACAGAAAUCUGGCAAACUCUCAGACAUCUAUUCCACUACAGUCCCAAGUGUUGACAGUGCGGUAGAGUCAUGGGAUGGCUCUGGUAUUGAUACCGGCUUUGGAAAUCAAGGACACACCUAUCAGGCUUCGGGAUACAACUUCAAUACCUAUGAAUGGAGGAGUCCCAAACAGACUAGUUUGUCCCCUCCAAGCAAACCACGAAACCACCCAUUUCACGAUACAGGGCUGAGCGAAGACGAAUGGGACCGACCUCCACCAAGCAGCACAGCUUCCAAGAAUAUGUGGCAACAGAAGGAGACUGAGACAUUGGGAGAGAACCGAGAAAACCAGUUAAAGCAAACUUCUGUAGAAAGAGCAGGGGGAGACAUCAGGAGCAUGAAGAAAGAGGGCAAGAUGUGGAAGGGUGCCUCUGGUGGGCAAAGGAAAGGUGGGGGAGAGCUGGAAGAGUGGAACACUUCCAGCUUCACAGGUACCCAUGAUAACACCGAGGCUGACCAGGAGGAAAAUUUCUGGUCUCAGGCUCUGGAGGAUUUAGAGACCUGUGGCCAGUCAGGAAUUCUGAGGGAACUAGAGGCCACAAUUAUGUCAGGAAGUACAAUGAGUUUGAAUCAUGAAAACCCACAACCUCGUAAUCAGCUGGGAAGACAAGCCAGCUUCCAGGAAAGAAGUACUGUACGGCCACAUUACAGUCAAGCUACUCGUAGUAACACAUUGCCAUCGGAUGUGGGGAGAAAGUCCAUGGUUCUGAGAAAAAUUAAGCAAGAAAUGAAAGAAAUCAUGUCACCAACUCCUGUGGAGUUACACAAGGUAACUUUGUACAAGGACUCUGAUGGAGAAGACUUUGGGUUCAGUGUCUCAGAUGGCUUAUUGGAAAAAGGAGUGUAUGUUAAAAACAUUCGACCAGCUGGCCCUGGCGAUCUGGGAGGUUUAAAACCAUACGACAGACUUCUACAGGUAAACCACGUUCGCACCAGAGACUUUGACUGCUGUCUAGUUGUGCCCCUCAUCGCAGAAUCUGGCAAUAAGCUGGAACUGGUGAUUAGCAGAAACCCACUGGCAUCUCAGAAAGGAAGCUCAGAACAACAGACUUCAGCGAGUGGGGAGUGGAGCGAUCAGAACAAUGCCUUCCUUCAAAAGAGUGGACACGCUAGUGUCAAUGCAGAAACGCGGGAUCCUACAAAUACAUUAUAGCAGAAAAUCAUUUUAGUGGGACAUUUGGUAACGAAAGACAAUUAUGGUGCUAAAUCCCUCUAAGAUUUCUCUGAGAUUGAGGCUCAGAUGCUAUAUAGCACUGAAAAGCACAGGAGGUCAGUCUGUCUGUCUCAAGGCUUAUAUUAAUUCUUGGUUACUUUUGAAAAAGUUU